AUGACUGAUAAUCAUGAUGAUAUACUUGAAUUUCCUUUACGAUUAAGUAAAUUAUGUUUAUCAAAUAUUCGUGAUGAUAGUGCAUGUAUAUCACCCGUAGCUAUCGAAGCAGCAUUUCAUGCUUUAUCAUUUUCCAACAAAUCAAACAAAAAGAUGCCAAUUGAAUAUUAUAAUUACUUUAUUAUUAAUAACGAUUCUAUCAAAUCACUUCGUAAAGAUCUUAAUGAAGAAACUAUGAAAUAUUUCAAUACAGAAUUUCAACUUCAUACUUUAGUUGAUUAUGAAGAAAAAAAAAUUCUUUUAAAUCAACUUUUAAAACAUGUCUUUGAACAAACAUUUCUAUCAUCACAAAAACUUCUUAAUCAAAUAAUUAUCGAAUCAAUGACUUUAAUAUCAUGUAGUUCAUUAAUUUUUCGACCAUUUAAAAGCGAACAUUGGGAACAACUCUGGUCAUUAAAAUUUCAUACCAAUAUUGAUUUAUCUAUUGAAACAGAAUUUUAUUAUACAAAAGGUUUUUUUCGUGUUGCUUUUCAUAAUACAUUUCAUAAAAUUGAAAUACCUGGUCAAAUCAUUGAUGGAAUUCAAAUGAAAUUAAUUAUUCUACUUCCAAGAUGUUCAUCUGAUCUUGUUCAUCUAUAUGCAAACAUAAAAGAAUAUCUUAAUCUACCAUUUUCAUCAGCAUUUAUUGGUGUUUGUAUACCAAAAAUUUCCAUAGAUAUCGAUAUGAAUUUAAAUGAAUUAUUGAAAAAUUUCAAUAAUUCAUAUAAUCUCGGAGAAUUCAAUGAACAAAUUCAUUUAUCGAAUGCAUAUUCUUUAGGACGUUUUAUUCUUGAUAUGAAUAUAGAUAAUCCUAAACAAAUAUUAACACAUUCAAUUGAUCUUUCACCAGUAACUCCAUGGGUAUUUUUUGCUAAUCGUCCAUUUCUAUUUCUAAUAACAUAUGGUGAUUAUUAUUUAUUAAUUGGACAAAUGUUAGGUCCUAAAAUUGGUCAAGAAAGAAGAAAAAAAAAUUUCUAA